GUUGACGGUCCGCGACGACCUGAGAGCCACCAUACAUCACCCAAAGACAUCGCAAGAGGCCCCCAAGAGGGGCCAAGGCGGCCCCAUAGCCAUUUUGGCUCAAGCGUCUCUGCUCAGGGAUCUAAAGCGAGAGUGCGGCGGCCCAGCAGCAGGUCGGACAUCUCACACAAUAUUGGGUUCCAUUAUCGUUUUGCUAGCAUGGCGACAACGACUCAUGGUAAGCCUGAGAAGGUCAAGGGCUUGAAGUCGAAGCCCUGCGGUGAGGGCAAGUGUGGCGUGGUUCCCUUGAGCGCUGAGCAGCAGCGUCUAAAGUGGAAGGCUACGAUUGCAGCAAUGUGCCUUGAUGCAAUCCCUGGGAUCUAUGUUGGCUCUUCGACGUGGGUGGACCACAUGAACAAAGCGGUGCCGUCAGGCAUGUCCCAUUGGUUCGCCCCGGGAGUUACACAGCCAGGGUUCUUCAUUUUCAUGGCCUUAUGUGUGUACUUCCCCUUGUUGGCGCUCCUUCUUCGCAGGAAGAUCGUCGGUGAGCGGGCGCUAGGUAUCUUGGCUGUGGCUGCCUUUUUGUUCCCUUUGUCCAUCGGCGUGACUGCAGGAGGUGGAAGUUUUUGGGUGCAGUAUUUCGGGGCUGCUGUAGGUGGCGUCGGCUUGACGGCAGCUCAGUUUGUCGAGAAAAUCGUGGCAGUUCAGUGGUGGGCUCUCACAGGGGAGCAAGCCAAAGGGGCCGGUAUGAUGGGGGGUUCUGUUGGGCUUUGGUCCGUGGCAUUUACGCUUCUCUCAGCAAGUCUCAUUGAUGGUCUCGGCUUGGAGUCUGCGAUGUACAUCUUGGCGGCUGUCGUCUUCGCGGCGACGUUGGUCCCGUUGUGGCUCACAUUCGCCGAUGGGUUGCAUGCUCCUCCGCAAGCUGCGAUGGACGCAAGCUCCAAUGCCCCGGCUCGCUCUACGUCGCCCGAGUUCAGCACGAUUUCUGUGUUGAGCUCGCUGCAAUUCUGGCAAUUACUUUUCCACUUCUUCGCGAUUUUCUUCUUUGGCUUCGGCCUGAAGGCCCUGCUUAGCCCCAUCUUCCAGACGACCUAUGAUGUCACUUACCUCCAGUCGGCCUACUUUGCAGCCUUUGUCCUCGCAGUCUACGCAUUGAUGCGCAUUGGGCUCCCGCUGCUGACGCAGCGCUUCCCACUGAUGCCUGUCCACAUGGUCUUGUUGGCAAGCAGCGCCGCGCUCUAUGCAUGCUGCCCUGCUAUCGUGAAGCACCUCCCGAUCUGCUGGCUCAUCGUGGCCAACUCCCUGACUGGCGCCUCGUUUGCGGGCUCGAGCACCCUGCGUAAUUUGCUCGCCCUCGAGCUGUACGGCGCGAAGGAUCUGGCCAACGUCCUUCCCCUUCUCGAGGUGGGUGUGGGCGUGGGCAAGUUGGCUGGGCCCGUGGGGGGGUACUACAUCUUCCUCCAGGACACCUCUGGUGCAGCCGUUGCGAGCAGUACCGCCUCCUACAACCCUUUCUUCUACGCUUGUGCCGGGUUGGCGGCUCUGGACUUGGUCAACGUAGUGGUGUUGCACCUCCGCAGCAAGCAUCGAGGGAAGACGGCGCGCCUCGAAGAUGCCAUGUCAAUUCCCACACCUCCCAUUGUUGACCAACAGCCUGGCUUUGCCGACCCCGAGUGGCAAGAGGAUGCAGACGAGGAGGAGAGCGAGAGCGAGGACGAGAGUCAGAACAAUGCCUCUAUCGCUUGAUCGCGAUAGCGCGUCGGUCUAACAUGUAAGCGAUCGGCGCUGGCAGGUCGGACGGCACACAGGUCGGCCACGCGAACCUGGGCAGUUGACCAGGUCUGUAGGUUUCAUGUGCCACCCGAGCUUCGUGACUGUUUUUUGGCAUUUACAGCGGUGCUUCGAAUUCGGCAAUCUGCAUAGCGCAUCUGCAAUGUUUUGGACAUCGUAAUGCGACGCAGAUCCUAGUCGCGAGUUUGCCCCGUCUUGUAUCUGGCGCGCGCGCGCUGGCGGCGAGGGGGCUCGCGCGGCGCUGGCCUUUUACAGGGGGCCAUGUUUGAUGGCUCUUACUCUGUGCGCCAGGCUCCCAGCAGUUGGUGCGCAAGUGUGGGAGGCAUAGCGAUGUGCCCGACAACGGGACUCCGCGCUCAUUAUUGCGACCGGCUCCGCCAUUACAGCACAAGGCAAGCGAGUGGGCCAUGUCCAAAAGUGACGCGCCCCAGAGGUCACCGCGCGUACGCAUCAUAUCUUGAGACGUCUCCCGGCACCCUCGCCGCACAAA